ACUGCCUGCAUUUAAUUAUUUUUAGAGGCAUGGAAUCAAAAGUAAUGGAGCUGGGAAGUUCUUUGCCUGUGCCUUGUAUUCAGGAGUUAGUGAAAGAGUUAGAUACUGCAAUUCCACCUAGAUACAUCCGUCCUGAACAACAGCAACAACAAAUUGUUUCCGAUGCUGAUUCCAUGCUGAAAAUCCCUGUCAUCGACAUGCAGAGCUUGCUCUCUGGAGGAUCCAUGGAGGCGGAGUUAGCCAAGCUUGACUUUGCCUGUAGAGAAUGGGGUUUCUUCCAGCUGGUCAAUCAUGGAGUUAGCUCUUCUUUUCUGGAGAAAGUAAAGAAAGAGAUUCAGGGUUUCUUCAAGCUCCCAAUGGAAGAGAAGAAAAAAUAUUGGCAGCACCCAGGAGAGGUAGAAGGAUUUGGACAGGCCUUUGUUGUAUCCGAGGAACAAAAACUUGAUUGGGGUGAUCUCUUCUUCAUGACCACCCUCCCGUACUAUCUCAGAAAACCCCACUUGUUCCCAAAGCUUCCGCUUCCUUUGAGAGAAACAUUGGAAAUGUAUUCACUGGAGUUGAAAAAUCUUGCAAUGGCCAUCAUAACAAAGAUGGGAAAAGCUCUUGCCAUGGAGACGGAAGAAAUGGAAGAAUUUUUUGAAGAGGGGCUGCAGUCAAUCAGGAUGAACUAUUACCCUCCAUGCCCUCAACCAGACAAGGUUAUUGGGCUCACUCCUCAUACUGAUACUGUGGCUCUCACCAUCCUCCUUCAAGUGAAUGAAGUUGAAGGUCUCCAAAUAAAGAAAGAUGGCAAAUGGAUCCCAGUUGAACCCCUCCGCAAUGCCUUCAUUGUGAACGUUGGAGACAUUUUAGUGAUGAUAUCAAAUGGAACCUAUAGUAGUGUGGAACAUCGGGCAACAGUUAACUCUGAAAGAGAAAGGCUCUCCAUUGCUACAUUUUACAGCACAAAAUUUGAUGGAGAUAUAGGACCAGCAAGGAGCCUGAUUUCUCAGCAAAAGCCAGCGUUGUUCAAGAGGAUGGGAACUGAAGAAUACUUUAGAGGAAUGUUUGCACGGGCGUCUGAUAGUGGAAAGCCUUACCUUGAUAGCCUGAGACUAUAAGAUCAUAAAUUUUCAUAAAUUCU